AAACGCGGUCUGGUAUGGAAUUUAAGAUGGAGGACUUUGUAAACAGUGGAGUUGCUAACUAAAAAGUUAACUGCCUUUAUGAGAUAAUUUGCAAACAUUGUUCAAGUCACAAAUGGCGUUGAAAGGGCUCGAAAGUGAAGAUCUGGUCCAGAACCUGAGACAGCUUGUCAUCAGUUUUGAGCCUCAUAUCAGAGAGGCUGGAUCUGCAGAACAUGUCGAAGAAACGUUACAUCAUCUUGAAGAAAGUGAUGAAAAUUUUCACAGAUACGAAUUUGUGAAACAGUUGAAGAAAAAAAUAGAGGAGAUUUUGGGACCGCAAAUUGAAGAUGAAAUUGAGAAACAUGGAGGUCGAGUUGACAAUGGCCAGGAAACUCUUGUUAACAAAAUUACAGAAAGAAUUAUCAAAUCCAAACCAUAUGCUGAUUUAACCAAGAAGUUAAAGUCCAAUGUAGUUGAAGCUAUGAAUGACCUGAUGAGGAAUUUUGAUGCGGAGUUUGGUGUUGGAAGUCAUAGUGCAGGUCGAUACCCAAACAAAGAUGAUCGUAUGAGACCAUUCAAUGACUCUGAAGAAACAGAGUCUUCUUUAGACAGCUCUUAUAAUCAUGGCAGCUUAUUCAUGAACUCGGAGUACCUUCAACAAGUGGCAGAGAAGAUGAGUAAAACAAAAGAUAGUGGGACUCGUCGUGAGGCCCUACAGAACAUGAACACUGUUAGAAUAGAUGAUGUAAUCAGCUGUGAUCAUUUCCAAGUCAUCAAGAAACAUAUACUAGACGCUCUACUAGAUAGUGAUGAACAAAUUGUGGCUUUGUCUUUGAAAUUUGUGACGAGAGCUUUCACAACAACAUCUCCUCAUACCAAAGAUAUCUACACACUUCUAACUGAACAUUUGAUUUGUCAUUUCCACAACAGAAAAAGCAAUAUGCCAAAGAUAAAGAAUGGACUGGAUAUAACUAGGCCAGAAAUCCGUAGAAUUCUCACAGCUUUCCGCUUGAUGAAUGAGUUUCAGCAAGAAACAAUUAACUACUGGAUAAGAUAUCCAGAACAGUAUUUAGAGGAAGUGUUAGUGAGUACCCUCAACCUGUUGUCUAUACAUCAUGUUGGUACAGUAGGGACAUCACAAGCAUUGUCUCCGGUACAUUUUGUGGCACUGGUGGAUACAAAAGCUCAAUGGUUCAUCAAAUGGAUUCAUGGAAAUUUCAGCAGAAGUUUCUUGUUGGACUUGUUGGAGAAAUACAGACCAUUUGUUGAGAAUGCAGUAAAACAUUGUUUGGAGUUUUCAGCAGCAAGAAAAGUGCCAUUUGACCUCAUGAGUGACAUCUCAGAAAGUGUCUCAAAAUCAUCAUUUGAGAAUAAACGAGCUUACUACACUGGGGCCGAGCUAGAGUAUGCCUAUUUCAUCCAUUCUGCAUGUGUUAUUGGUAAACUCCUGUGUUUUGCCAAUGGGAGAAAAUUCUUUCCAAUCAAGUUGAAAGACUCAGAAGACCCAGUGUCUAUCAAGAAGUUGAUGGUUGCCAUGGUGUUGGUGGUUGUAGAUCCAAGUCCAGUUUUCCACUUACCCAGAGGGAAUACUUCGGAGAUGUUUGACCCAGCCAGGCUCAUCACAGAUGUUCUGAAAGGUCUAUGUAGUUCAGAACAGGCGUGUGAAAUUUGCCUGUUUAAAGAUGAAAUCACAAGUACACUGUUAUCUCCCAUCUCGCAUUUCCUGGAUGUAGCUUACUGGGAAGAAGUUGGUUUUGAAGAUGAUGAACACCAAGCUCCAGGAGAGAAGACUUUACUUCAUGUAGCAGACAUUCUGUCAAUGAUUGCUUCCAGUACUAAAGGCAGACGACAUCUCAUGUAUGGUGAAAAGAAUGACAUCUUCUCUCGCACAAAAUCAUCAGCAGCACAUAUUAUAGCCGAAUUUACAAAGAAAGCGUUGUUACGGCAACUUCCUCGAGAAGCUGGCCCCGCCCCAAGCCCAGCUGUGAUUGGUGCAUACCUCUACAUCUGCAGACAGUUGUACAAUACAUGUGAGGGUCUGCUUGUAUUAUAUCCAUAUGAUCUACACACUGUGAUAGCUGAAGCUUGGAGAGAUGCUUCGAAGGAACUUGAGAAUUCCCAUACACCAACACCAGAUGAUGACAGUUCUAGCGAUAACUCCAGCAUAACCAUUAGAGAGUCAUAUGAUGUUGUUGCCUGGGAGGACACAUUGCGUGACAACCUACUCAACUUUGCCAGCACUGCCAAGGGUAUACUUCUGUUGCAGCAGACUGGUGCUCUGAAUGAGUGUAUGUUUUAUAUGCAUACCAGAUAUGAGAAGAAACUACAGGUGAGUAAAUGUGAGAAGUUUGGUUAUGGUUACAUGGUGACUCAAGUUGCAACAACCGCUCCUGGUAUGGCUGCCCUCAAGAAAACAGGUUACAUCAAGGCAUUGAUCACUGAGUUAUGGUCAGUGAUAGAAUGUGGGCCCAUAGAUAUCACAUUGUUUACACCCAAAACCUGGCCAGUGGACCCCAUUGAUAGAACCGUACAUAAGCAUUUGGUGCGAUUGCUGAAUAUUCUGUCUGGCUUUCCUGCUGUGUAUGAAGUCCUGGCCAACAAACCUUUACCAUCCAAAUCUGCCUACAGCUUCAGAGAAAUGCCCGAAUGUUUACCAGGAUUUUUAGACAGACUGGUAGUGCUAGAUACCCCAGUGAAGGUGCAUUCUCUCUUCAAUGUAGAACAAUGUCACGUGUUUGGACUGAGAGUGCUAAGUGUGAUGAUCUCAUGUCUAGAUUCAUUCCUCCUGCUACAGUCACAGUACAGAAUACAGGAGUUCCUGCUAGCUGCACAGACUGAUAACCAAAUCAACAAAGAUCAAAAAGAUAUUAUUGUGGACAUGUUGUCAGUUGAGCGUAACAACAUACUGGUGAGGACGUACUUAAUUGGUGGGCCAUCAGAAAGGGUUUUACCAAGUCGCCAUAUUGAUGAUAUUGGAACUCCGUACCCUUAUCCCAUGUUCUCAUCAUACCCGAUACCGAGGGAGUACAGCCCAAAUAUUGGGGGAAGGUCAGCUCUGAAGCAAGGGUUUAUUUACCCCACCCACCAAAAUGUAUCAGAUAAAAAAGACAAUGAACUGACAGAGUUUCUGGACAGUAAGAAAGGAGAGAAGGGUAGAGCCUGGAUGGAGAAAUGUAGAAACCUUCUAUACAAGUUCUUCACUGGUAAAGGGGACCAGGUCAAAGGCAAUGUGGUACACAAGAUAUUAGAGAAGACAGUGAAUGUGAUGUGUAGUAUAGCUGAAGAAUCUGUGUUCCCCUUGAUGCAGUAUGCAGGUACAGACAGUGCAUUAAAAGCAGUGAGCAUUUCACCACUACAACAGCUAGGGAUCAAAAUGGCUAUCAGGUACGGCAUACAUCUGAAGGUGAUACACACAUCAUCUGAUGCUACAGACAGUUUGACGUUGUUGAUACGUCAGGUACACUACUAUCUACAACAGCAACAGAAAACCCCAGAAUCAGAUCUCAAUUCAUUAAAGACAGGAUAUCCUGGAUUUGACUGGUUUGCAGCUACUGUAUUUCUUGUAUUUAACGGAAACCAUGAGAAAACUUGGGACUUCCUACAGCAGUUUUCUACACUAGGAGCUUCAGGCUACCUCUGGAUACCCAGACUUCAUGCUUCAGUACACCUGCCAGCUGCAUUGAGUUCCAGUGGUAUUCAUCCUCUUUUCUCCAGCACAGGACACAAUAUAGAGUUCAUCCUACAGAUAGAGCUGCCUCUUGUCUCUUCGGCCUUCAAAAUGUCGGGAUUUACACCAGCACAGAUUUCUCAGCACUGGCUAACUCAGUGUUUCUGGAACUACUUGGACUGGCCUGACAUCUGCCACUAUAUCAUUGUAUGCAUGAUAUUUGGAGUUGACUACCAGGUGUAUCUGUGUGUCGCUAUACUGAAGCAUCUACAAAGAGAAAUCAUGUCACACAUGCAGUCACAUGACCUUCUCAUGUUUCUCAAGGAAGAGCCCAUACACCACUUCAAGGUUGCACAGAAUCUCAAGUAUAUGAUGGAUCUGGAGAAAAAAUAUAGGAAAAUGGUGUUACCUGAUAUGUUAAACAUCACCAGACCUUGAUAAUCAGGAAAAUGGGGUUCUAGGAAAAGGGCGUUACCGGACAAGUUAAAUAUCACCAGACCUUGAUGAUCAGGAACAUGGUGUUACCGGACAUGUUGAAUGUCACCAGACAUUCAUGUUGGAAAAUGCUGUUAAAUUACAUGUUGAAUAUCACCAGAUCUUGAUUCUAGGAAUAUGAUGUAACAUAUGUACAGUAUACCUUGAUUCUAAUGAAUAUAAUGUCUACUUGUGUGGAAUAUCACCAGACUGUAACUUCUGGAAACUCAUGUAACCUGAUAUCUUGAAUAUCACCAGAUCUAACUAUUGUAAAAUACUGUUGCAUGUCAUACUGAUAUUUUCUGGAUAUUGUGGUUGUAGGACAUAUUGAAUAUCACCAAAUUUUUUAUCGUGCCUGUUUCUUGAAGAUUGUUUGUACAUUCCUAUAAUCUGUGAUAAUUUCUUAUACCCAGUACUUUUGUAUAGUGUCAAUAGAAAUCAUGGUUUAAAUUUAAGAAUAAAAAUGUGUCUUUGUAUAUAUUUAACCACAUACUGACACUUGUAUGUUGAGUUUUUUUAGUACAAUGAAUUACUGCAUUUCUUGACAAUAAUAAACUUAAUAAUAAACUGCCAGUAUUAAAAUUUAAAAAAAGCAUAGCCGAUUUAUUCACUUACUGCUGUAAUGAAUUUCACAGGUCUUGUCAAUCAACUUGUAUUUACAGCUGGUCAAGAUGUGAUAAAUUAUUCUUGGGAAUACUGUAAAAUCAGUUACCUGUAUAUUCACGGGGAACAAACUGUAGUGUAGUCCACAAAAUUAAAUCUAAAUAAACAGUUAAAAUUCCCAUUCCUUUAUGUUUGAAAUUUGAAAUCAACAAAUUCAUAUCCCCACGUUAUUUUCCAUAAAAUUUCAUUCCCACUAAUUAAAAUUAAAUGAUUUUACAGUAUACUGCUGUCUGAGAACAUGUUACAUAUAUGAACUUCUUAUAAUAUAUCGGUAUAUCCGUCCAGAUAUUUGUAAUCGUUUUAUUGUUGUAGAAUUUUACACUGUUUUAUAUUUUAGAACCAUGUGAAUUAUCAAAUAUUUGUUGAGAAAGAAUAAAUAAAUGUAUUUAAAAAGUU